GAAGAGGCGUGUUCUCAAUGCUGACUAAACAAAGUGAAGACUUGUUGUGAGAGGAUGAAUGAUGCAUGAGAGCUAGACUAAGAGGAUGAGAGGUGUCUACUUGACUUACAGCAACUCUGCUGAUGGACAAAGAAGGCUAACUCCGCGAGUAGAAGAUCAUGUUAUCCUACCAGUGCUAUCGGACCAUGAUGUGGUGGUUCAGGUCAAGGCCUGUGCACUGAGCAGAGUUGAUACCAAGCUUCUCUCGCAACUCGGUAUUUCUACAGAACAGGUUCCUGUCGGCUCUGAAAUAUCAGGAAUCGUCACUAAAGUUGGUCCCUCAGUGCUCAUGUUCAGUGUAGGGGAUGAAGUAAUGGGCAUCCUGCCACUUGAUUCAGAGUGUCCUGGUUGUGCCGCGUAUUGCAGCCUUCCAGAGUAUUAUCUAGUGAAGAAGCCGUCUGGAGUCAGUCACUCGGAUGCCGCUGCUACCAUGAGGGGCGGAGUUAUGGGCUACACUGCCCUCCACCAUCAGUGUCGAAUAGGAGCUGGGUCUAUUGUCCUACUGUGUUCAGCUGCCUCGGGGGAGGGGCUCAUCAUGCUGCAGCUGUGUACGGCUCUAGGGGCAAAGGUGAUUGCUGUUGUACACAAUGAUGAUGAGGCAUCUCUCUUGAAAGCACUGCAUCUUUCAUUAUUGAAACUUGUUGAUCUGAGCUCCACUUCAAAUCUUGUCGAUGUGUGUCUCCAGGAAACUGGAAGUUUAGGAGUUAACUGUAUUAUUGAUGCCGGAGUGUCUCCUAACUACGUUCUCUCUGACUUUCUUGUGGACUCUGCGUCACUACGGAGACAACUGGAGAAUGAGCGGUACAGGUACGAGUACGAGGAUCAGGCACACACUCAAACAAUCCCCCCUCCUCCGAGAAAACACCAGCUCAUUAGUUGCCUAGCAACGAGGGGUCAGUGGGUGACUCGAGAGCCGGCUCUUCAAUUGGACCCCCCUGACUCACAACUGCUACUAAUGAAAGGGGCUUCGCUUCACUUCCUCUUUGAGCCAGGAUGGACAUUGUCGGGAGCUAACCAAGGAGAUUAUCUGGACAUGCUGACCAGUAUAGCAUCAAGACUGGAGAAUGGUACUCUGAAGCCGUAUGUGUACAAGACUAUCAUCCUGGAUCAAGUGUGUGAGGAACUAGGCAGACUAGGAGGCUAUGGAGUCGGCAAGAUUGUCAUGACAACUGAGAACAAAUAGCAUUCCGUUUAUUUAUAAUAGUCAUUGUCAAAAUUAAUGUUGUUUUUGUAUACGUUGUUUUUGUAUUAUUUAAUGUUUUUCUGAUACAUGUAUUUGAUUUCAUUAUCACAAUAAAGUUCUAAAACUGA